AUGCAGUGGGCGGGCUACACACACACACGCACGCACAGCAAGAACAGGUGCCUGAGCUGCACUAUAUUCUACUUCCUUUCUCUUCCACACUUUAAUUUUCCCUUCUCUUUCUCACAUUCUCAUUUUGCAGAGUGCACGCAAAAAGUCAACGGCAAUUUCAUCCUGCUUCCACAGAAGCCCAUCGAUCUACUGACUACCACCAAUUCUUACAAUCAGUCUUAUAGAUUUAUAUACCAAAAAAUGGACUUCAACGGUUCUGCUGCCCCGGCCCCUGCUGCCGCCCCUGCCGCUCCCGCUCCCCGCGCUGCUGGAGCUUGCUACUCUUGCGGUAGCACUGAUCACCAGGCUCGUGAUUGCCCUACCAAGGGACCUGCUAAGUGCUACAACUGCGGUAACGAAGGUCACAUGAGCCGUGAUUGCUCCCAGCCUGCCAAGGACAACAAGUCCUGCUACAAGUGCGGCCAGCCCGGUCACUUGUCCCGCGAGUGCUCCAUGGGUGGUGGCAACGGCCAGUCCACCGAGUGCUACAAGUGCGGUCAGAUUGGUCACAUUGCUCGCAACUGCACCAAGGCCGGAGGCUACGGCGGCGGCUACGGUGGUGGCGGCUACGGCGGCGGCUCUGGCAAGACCUGCUACUCCUGCGGUGGCUACGGCCACAUGUCGCGCGAAUGUGUUAACGGCAUGAAGUGCUACAACUGCGGCGAGUCCGGCCACUACUCCCGCGACUGCCCCAAGGAGUCCACUGGCGGCGAGAAGAUUUGCUACAAGUGCCAGCAGGGCGGUCACGUCCAGUCCCAGUGCCCCAACUAAGGGCUCGGGAUGAAAAGCGCGUUGCUUGUCUUGCCCAGACGAGCGGAGAGACUUGGCGUGGCGGCUGCAUGAUACCCACGACGAAAAAUGUUUUUCUUCUCUGUUUAAUUUACGACACGGGUUCUUUUUUUCUUUUCUUGCAGGGGUGGUUUUCAUCGCGAGGUAUAUCAUCCCAUAUACGAGUGAUGAAGCAUGGCCUACGGAUGACCUAUAACGGAGUUGGGGAUGCAGGCUAAGGGGAGGGAGAGGCGGAUGAAUGAAAACGAAAAGGCGCAAAAGCUCAAUUGAACCAUGGCAGAUGAUGCAUAUGAAGCAGUUAACACGAACACAGAUGGUAGAUGGAGAUGUAUAAUCUCGGACAAAUGAUGAUUGACUGCAUAUACGGUUCUGGUGUGUGUGAAUAUGACGAAGCUUGCAGGCUUUGGUACAAACUAAAAGAUACGACGUGUAUAUGAUUACCGUUACCUGUGAUAUUGAACAUGCUCGUUCUGUUAUAGCUUUAGGACCAAGUAUGGGUUGCCGUAUAGCUCCCCCAACCGUUGUGCAUGGAUCUUUAAACCUCAACCCCAAAUUAUACUACCAUCCAUCGUGUG